AGGUGGCACCUGUGCCCUGGGUGCUGCUUUGAGCCCUGGGAGAAACAUAUCCAUGGCGAACAGGUUGGGGAGAGGAUGAAUGUCAGGGGCUUCCAGGGACCAGGCUUGCAGGGGCAAGGUGCUUCCAUCUCUCAACUCCCCUAAAGACCACAGGGCUGCUGCAGAGCUCCGCCUCAGGGGCUGGGCUUCUGGGCCCAGGGCAGCCCUCCCCUCCAGGAGGGGAUAUAAAAGUCUCUUCCCAGCUACUUCCAGAGAGAAGCAGGAAGAGGUGAGUGGUCAGCUGGGGACCCUCUAGGGGGAAGGUUUUAGGGGACCCACCUGUGGAAUUGGAAGUCUCUCGCAGAGAUGCAGCUGCUGAUGGUCCUGGCAGGAGCCCUGGCCACAUUCAUCCUCACCCAGCUCUGUGAGGGCACUAUCCCAGCCUCCCCUGGGGCAGUGGAGACCUCGGUUCUUCAGGACUGCCUAGCAGAGGCCAAGCUGCUGGUGGAUACUGCUUACAACCAGACCCAGAAGAGCAUCAAGCAGCGCCUUCGCAGUGGCUCCGCUAGCCCCAUGGACCUUCUGUCCUUCUUCAAGCAACCAGUUGCAGCCACCAGGACUGUGGUUCAGGCUGCUGAUUACAUGCAUGUGGCCAUAGGGCUACUGGAAGAGAAGUUGCAGCCCCAGGGAUCCAGAGCCUUCAAUGUCACUGAUGUGCUAACGGAACCCCAGCUGCGCCUACUGUCCCAGGCCAGCGGCUGUGCUUUCCAGGGCCAGGCUGAGAAGUGCAGCAACAAGUAUCGCACCAUCACAGGGAGAUGCAACAACAAGAAGAGACCAUGGCUGGGGGCCUCCAACCAGGCCCUGGCUCGCUGGCUGCCUGCAGAGUAUGAGGAUGGGCGGUCGCUCCCCUAUGGUUGGACCCCUGGCAAGAAGCGCAACGGCUUCCUCCUUCCUCUUGUCCGGGCUGUUUCCAACCAGAUUGUGCGUUUCCCCAGAGAGAAACUGACCUCUGACCAUGGCCGGUCCCUCAUGUUCAUGCAGUGGGGUCAGUUCAUUGACCAUGACCUGGACUUUGCCCCAGAAUCUCCAGCCAGAGUGGCCUUCACUGCAAGUGUGGACUGUGAGAAGACCUGUGCCCAGCUGCCCCCCUGCUUCCCUAUCAAGAUCCCACCUAACGACCCCCGCAUCAAGAACCAGCGUGACUGCAUCCCCUUCUUCCGCUCGGCACCAUCAUGCCCCCAACACAAGACCAAGGUCCGCAACCAGAUCAACGCGCUCACCUCCUUCGUGGAUGCCAGCAUGGUGUACGGCAGCGAGGUCUCUCUUGCCCUCCAGCUCCGCAACCGGACCAACUACCUGGGGCUGCUGGCCAUCAACCAGCACUUCCAAGACAAUGGCCGGGCCCUGCUGCCCUUUGCCAAUAUUCAUGAUGACCCUUGUCUCCUCACUAGCCGCUCUGCACGCAUCCCCUGCUUCCUAGCAGGUGACUCCCGGUCAAGUGAAACCCCUAAACUGGCAGCCCUGCACACCCUCUUUAUGCGAGAACACAACCGGCUGGCCACCGAGCUGAAACGCCUGAAUCCCCACUGGAGUGGAGACAAGCUGUAUAAUGAAGCUCGGAAGAUCCUGGGGGCCAUGGUCCAGAUCAUCACCUACCGAGACUUUCUGCCCCUGGUUCUGGGCAAGGAGCGGGCCAGAAGAACCCUGGGACCCUAUCAGGGGUAUUCCUCCAACGUGGACCCGCGUGUGGCCAACGUCUUCACCCUGGCCUUCCGCUUCGGCCACACCAUGCUGCAGCCCUUCAUGUUCCGCUUGGACAGCCAGUACCGGGCCUCAGCACCCAACUCCCACGUCCCACUCAGCUCCACUUUCUUUGCCAGCUGGCGAAUCGUGUUAGAAGGUGGCAUCGACCCCAUCCUCCGAGGCCUCAUGGCCACCCCUGCCAAGCUGAACCGUCAAGAUUCCAUGCUGGUGGAUGAGCUCCGGGAUCGCCUAUUUCAGCAAGUGAAAAGGAUCGGGCUGGACCUGGCAGCCCUCAAUAUGCAACGCAGCCGGGACCACGGCCUUCCAGGGUACAAUGCGUGGAGGCGCUUCUGUGGCCUUUCCCAGCCUCGGAACUUGGCACAGCUUAGCCAAGUGCUGAAAAAUCACUGUUUGGCAAGGAAGUUCCUGACACUUUAUGGGACACCUGACAACAUUGACAUCUGGGUUGGGGCCAUUGCUGAGCCUCUUUUACCAGGGGCCCGUGUAGGGCCUCUUUUGGCUUGUCUCUUUGAGAACCAGUUCAGAAGAGCCCGAGAUGGAGACAGGUUCUGGUGGGAGAAACAGGGUGUCUUCACCAAGAGACAGCGUAAGGCCCUGAAACAGAUUUCCUUGUCUCGAAUCGUGUGUGAUAAUACUGGUAUCACCACUGUUGCGAGGGACAUCUUCAAGGCCAAUACCUACCCCUCGGGCUUUGUGAACUGCAACUGUAUUCCCAAGUUGAACCUAUCAGCCUGGCAAGGCAAAUGAGAGGUCUGCAGGAGUCUGUGCCAAGCCCCAACCCCGGGAAACCAGGGAAAGGGGAAGAUCAUGAGGAUGCCUGCACUACUAGAGCAACUAUUUCCUGCUGGUACUUUUGCUGACUGCAACUCACUGCUGGCUUCAUUGGCUGAGAGGAAAAGCUGGGACUCCUAACAGCAAUGGACCCACUCGCCUCGGGAGCCUCUUAAAGAUUAGGUUGUGAAUUAGCACCAGAGGCAAGGACUAGUGAGCCAAGCCACGAGGCCUUAAGUUUCCAGCAAGAGUCAACUGAAGGGCUUCCAGCACUUUCUUCUAUUCCCCACCACCACCACGAGAAGGCCACAUAGUCCAAGUCUCGCCACCCCACAAUCCUGAGCCUGCAGACUGGGUGCAUGCUCUUUCUACCAAUAAAGCACAGCUGAGGGCAGGGGAUGCUGUGUCUAUGUCAGGUUAGGGAACAGGCAGCCUCACACCCAUGCUUUGCCCCAGAUAUUGUGGAGCAGCACUGCUAUGACACGAGCUGGCAUUCUAUGUCUCUUCUGGGAGCUGCACUAAGACAGUCAAAGAAACACCGUGGGGGAGGGAAAGACAGAAGAGAAGAAGGGUAGAGGUGUUAGGGGCCCACCAUGAAGAGGUACCCUAGACAGGUCAGCAAUCUGAGCAGAGAAACAGUCCGCAGAAAUAGAUGUGCAAAAAACACAGAAAAAGAUACUGUACAGCUAGCAAAAAGAAUUGAGAAUUA